UCGACCCUUCGUUCUGGUCUUCCGAUCAUCGGCCCUCCGCUGGAGCAAGGAUAGAGCCCGGUAUCGUUCCAGUACCGUCUCGAGAAUCCUUUCGACGCUGCGAAGAGGCUGUCUCUGCGUAUUUUCACAUUCUCCUUUUCUCAACCCUGUCGUCGAAAGUCCGGUCGGUCAGGGAGAGCUUUCGCUGUGAAUAGAGCAAGAAAAAAACGAACGAACUACUAGAGGAAAAAUGAAAUCCAUCACGAACACCGUCCGAUAGAGCGAGUGGUCGAAUCGUACCCGACGCAACAAAGGUCGGGUGGGGUCGAGCACGUCUCCCCUCGGAAAACGUCUGGUCCACGUACAUAACACCCUCGAUCGGGAGACGGCAGUCUUUGGGUGUCUGGAGUUUUGUGGAACAACAAAACGACUGUCCCAAACUACAGGGAACCAGAACCAGUGACCACGGGAAGGAGUAGAAACGGUGGAAGCCUCAGCGGCGUCUUUCCCGAAUGGAUGUGAUCGGACACGGUGGUCCGACAGCGACAGCAACGAAGGCCAGCAGCAAACUCACCAAUGGAACGGCACGGGACGAGACGAGUAAUAAAGACGUCACCACCGCCGCGGGUACCGGACGGAAGAAGACGAAAAGGAAAAACCGAGCUAAAAAUAGUCAGCGAGAGGAGACGACGGACACGGCGGCGACGGCGGUAGGUGAUGACCCGUCCGCAGUAUCGGUAUCGCCAUCGGCUGGUGAUGUAAAUAGUAGUCAUAGUAGUAAUCACGCCAGCAACGGAGUGCCGGAAGGGGAGGCGGCAGACGUUGACGCAAUUAGUAGAAAGCUGGAGCAGUGUGUUCACGUUAGCCGCACGAACGGACUAACGAAUGGGUUGCCAAAGUUGGACAAACCGUUCGGCAGUUUCUCGCCAGCGCAUACGACACCGAGCGGCGGCGAGGCAGGGCAAAACGAUGGCAACGAAAAGUCCCCUCGGCCAGCGAUCGGUACAGCGGCGCACAGUAAAAAGGGUAAACAACGAUCGAAGCAGCAGAAAAGGGCACAAGACGAUGAUGGCACACACGACACGGCAAUGGUCAAUGGGGGCGACGAACAGGAAUUCAGCAGCGUCCGGGCGGUCCAAAGUCCCGCGUCCGAUUCGGCUGGGAUCGGAGCUACCGGUGAAGCCGGUACAAGGGCGUCUUGUGGUGGCAGGGAGGGAGCGAUGAAAGAUCAUCCGAUCACCACCAACCUUUCUCUGGGUGCCACUGACGAGAGUGCUUCGUCCCGCAGCAGCACGUCUACCUCAUCGAUUUCGUUACCACAGGAAGCACCCGCCACGGAACCGCCGAUCGCAAUCACCUAUCAGGUGUACGAAUCGGAACGGCAGAUGCCCGCCAUCAUGGCCCUCAUACAGAAGGAUCUCUCCGAGCCGUACUCCAUCUACACGUAUCGUUACUUCAUCCACAACUGGCCGAAACUGUGCUUUUUGGCGCUGCACAAGGAGACGUGCGUCGGUGCGAUCGUCUGCAAGCUCGACAUCCACCGGGAAAACGUCCGCCGGGGGUACAUUGCGAUGCUGGCCGUGGACAAGGACUACCGGAAGCUAAAGAUCGGUACAACGCUCGUGCAGAAGGCAAUACAGGUUAUGCUUGACGAUAAAGCCGACGAAGUGGUGCUAGAAACGGAAAUAACCAAUCAGCCCGCGUUGCGAUUGUACGAAAAUCUGGGCUUCGUGCGGGACAAGCGGCUCUUUCACUACUAUCUGAACGGUGUCGAUGCGCUGCGGCUGAAACUGUGGUUCAGAUGAAUGCUCCUCUUCGCCCGUUCGUAGCUCGUUCGCAGGUGCAGGUGGGCACGUAGUAGCGGAAUAGGAAAGCCUUCAACAUUUGGCGAUAGGUUCGGGAAACUUGCGUUUCAACAUUGCAACCGCGCAACUGUGGCAAAACGUUGUAAAAAGUUGUAAUUUUUUGUUGUUGUUAAUUUCUCUUUCCAAAGCACCAGGCAUCUUGAACGAUUCGACAGAUUGCAUGGCACGGAUUACUUUGAUUUGAAACCGAGUCGGACUAGGAACAAUUGACGCGAGUCUUUUUACCGUUGUCACUUGGUACGCAAAAGAAUGUUGCCGUGUGCAUCCGGUUUUUUACACUUUUCGUUUGCCUCUUUUGCCGUACCACAUCGUGUGCGGUUCUACGGCUCCCAAUAUUUAAGUUAGCAUUAAAGGAUAAUUUAUUGUGCGCACUGUCCGCUAUGCUUCCGAAUGCUUCCACUUGUCUUCUUGGCAACAACGCGCUCGUUCGGCUGUGGGCCCAGAUAGCUUUCGAUACUGCAAGAUAGGGACAGUGUACAGAACGGGAUUCGGGGGGACAGGGCCUUUUUGGGACUUUGGGUUGGUGCGGAUUAGUAGCAAAAUGUGUGUUUUCUGUGUGUGUGUGUGUGUCCGUUUAAAGUGUCUUCACGUGGCUGGCGAGCUUUCGUCGAGCGAGGAUCGUAGCGUACGACCACCACCCUUGUGCCCUGUGUUCACUGACGAGGAGACGCUCCUUCAUUCACCCCGAAACAGAUUGCAAUACUUUUGAUCCACCAAGGAACGCGAAUAAGGUGUGACAAUGGAAGCUCUACAGUCCAUUGCAAAGUCUUCGACGGUUGGAGCGACUGUACAGGCUGCCUGGUAGCAGAAAUUUCGAUCAGACCGCCUCUCCUCUGGAGUGUGGUUCUCCCGCGAUCGGUAGUCGCUUACGAAUCUUUCGCCUCAUUUUGAAAUUGCGAAAAAAGGGCAAUCCACAAUACCAAAACUAGCGUAGGACUUCAUCUCGCGGCACCUGUGUACAGGUUACUGCCUGUGGUGCGCCUGGCCACCACACUGCAGCAACAAGUCCAAGGAAGCAAGGCUGCGCGGCGUAACUGACCGCAGGCAGUGAGAACCGGAACCGCGACGGAUUAGACGCGAUUUGCAAAUUGUAAAUAGUCGAACAAUAAAAUCAA